AUGUUGAAAACGAGGUCUGUCGGAGUAAAAUACCUGUUUCAUCCCUGCACAGCGAUAUUCAGGUGAAUAGAAUGAGACACGAUAGACUUGUGCUCAUAAAUACAGUACGCAUGUGAAGCCACGUAUUGUAAUUACUUAGGUUUGAAUUCAUAGCAUGCAUACAUUGUGUUAGCUUAGCUUGCAGUCACACUAACAAGUGUAUGCCCAUACAUCAUACAGCCGGUGAGAACUGACCUAUGUCUCCUUUUUAGGUCCACUAUGUCAGGUGAAGACCUCAUAUCAGUGGAUUAUGAAGUAUUUGGAAGAGUGCAAGGUGUAUUUUUUCGGAAAUACACUCAAGUGAGUUUGACUCUUAUACAGCCUUAGGGGAGAGUGGGGUAAGAUGAGCCAUUUUUCAUAUUUUCGGAUCACUAUACCAAGGCAAUCAUAGUUUUGUCUCUAACUAGUGUAUCUGCAUAUAUUGCAUAAGAUGUUGUGCAUCCCUGCAAACCAACAGAGUGAGUGUAAACAUAACUGUCUUGAUAAUAUAGCAUACCAAAAAGUGGUCUCUUAGGGUCAACUUACCCUGUGUAUGGGGUAAGUUGACCAUAGGAGCAGGGUAAGUUGAGUCAGAAGUGAAGUGCAGUUAAAACCUUAUGAUCUUGUUCCUUCCUUGAAAAGCAGUCUUUUUUUUCCUCUGUGUUUUUGCUGAAUGGUGAUAAAUAUAGGGCUUCAAUUCUGCUGAUCUGAUUAAUAUCCCCUACUAUGUUUCCCAGCUCCCGACCUUCUCCAUCAGAGGUCUACCUCUUUUACCUUUUCCUCAUUGACUUUGUUUCAUUUCCAAGGCAGAGGGAAAGAAGCUCGGCUUGGUUGGAUGGGUCCAAAACACAGGCGCAGGAACUGUGCAGGGGCAGCUACAGGGUUCCAGCAGCAAGGUGAAAGAAAUGCAAGAAUGGCUGAGAUCCACCGGAAGCCCCAAGUCUCACAUAACCAAGGCAGAGUUUAAGAAUGAGAAAACCAUCAGUAACCUAGAGCACUCAUCUUUUAAUAUUGUUAAAUAGAACAAUAUGUAGAUUUGACCUUUAAUAGUGGUGUACAAAGAGAUGUUGUAUUUAUUUAGUAUUUUUACUUUAUUUUUCGCUGAGAAGGUAACUCAAAACGUGUGUCUGUUAAGUCUCUCUAACAUACAUGGAAUUGCAUAAAUGAAUGAGGAUUUCUUUCAAGGAGACUUCAUAAUGUUCUACCGUACUGUACUAACACCAAUAACUUGCUUUAGUAUAAGUCUUGGUUGAAAGAGCCUGACAUCCUAUAGAUAUGUGACAUUACCUUAUUAUGUAACACACAAUAAGUCUUUCUGACGGGUAAAUAAACACAGAGAUCGUCUGACUGGGAAAGCAGGGAAUAGUAUGACCGUUAAAACUGUCUCUACUGACUUUUUUUUUGCCGUCAUAAAGACUGGGAAGGGUUGAACAAGGUAAGCCUGGUGGAUACAUAUACUGUAUAUGUGAAUAGGAAUGCUGCUUCCCUCCAUUGGAAUGGACUGAGCUCUAAAGGUGAUGGGGUAUUACACUGACGAUAUGGUGUAAAUUUGUGUAAACUUGUAUUACUAAGGAGACAAUAUGACAAGUGUAAAAGGAUUUUACAGCAGGUCAUACAGGUAGAAAAAGAAGGGGGGUUUAAACAACCUGAAGAGGUAUAAUCUCUGUUCACUGAGGAUUGAAACCGGGGGACUACAAAGAUUGAGGAGGGGUAAUUUUUCCAUGUGUCAUCACAUGUCAUCAAGCCUUAAUUAAGCGUUAACAUGUUUUUGCUCAGUUAUUUUAUGCAUAUUUGCUGCUCCUUUGUUGCUGUAAAGGGUUAUUUUGGUUUGAUUUCUUCACUUCACUUCAACUUUAUUAUGUCCCAAAAUGGGCAAAUCAGGUUGCAGCAGGCACAGGCAUUUAAAACACUGCCAUACAAAGAAAAUAAAAUACAUUUACAUAAAAACAUUUUGGAAGGUUAAAAGCAUUAAAGACGAUUUAGAAGGUUAAAAAAAAGAAGAAGAAAAUGGCAAGAGGCAAGACUGGAGAAUGAUGGCAAUGAUUUGGAAUUGUUUGGAAAAAAUAUAUAAAAUAAGACCAAAAAAGGGAGUUUCUUUUUAUUAUUUAUAGCAACAUUUUCCAUUGGCUCCAGAGGACCUUGUUGCUUUCAGUAAGCUGAUUUACAUCUCUAUAGAAAUUGUAUAUUUGCUGCCUUUCUGUAAUUAAGAUGAUUAAGCACAUAGUAAUGGAAAUAAUGAACUAAUGUUGAAAUACGAAUCAAAUGAUAACAAUGAAUUCAAUGCCAGCAUAAGUAUACUGAAGGAUAGGUAGGCGUGUGGGUGGAUUACACAGAGCGGUAUCAGUUAAUGCAUUUAAAUUGAAAGGCCGCUAGAUGGCGGUAUGCAAUAUUAUCGGCUGAAUUCAAACUGUUUAGGACCAAGAGAAAAAGAAAACGACGGGUUAGGUCCUUCACACCAGGAGAUGGCGCUGUGAGCUUUGUUCGGUAUCUUUCAGGGGUUUCUUGUCGUUUCACGUUGACUGUAAACAUUUGUCGAAUUUGAUGUGAGCAUUUCGGGUUGUCUCUCCCUCCUUUUAUUUCAAUUUUUAAUUUUUAUAAUGUUUCGUCGUGUUUUUAAAUUCCUCGAGGUACAAGCUACUCGUUUGAACUUGUAAAGCUUGCAGCCGUUAAGCUUUAACGUCCUUAAUAUAAGCUACAAACAGCUUAUACUCAACCAUUAUUAUUAUUAUUAUCAAAACCCGUAUUGAUAAUUAACACCAUGAUUAAGUGUUUGCCUGCAGAUGUUCAGGGUAAACUUCGCUCUGGUGUCGCGGUCCCCUCCCUGCAGCAGUGCGUGGAGGAGCUCAUGUUAAACAGCAUUGAUGCAGGGGCGACCUGUGUGGGGGUCAGGAUGGACAUGGAUGCUCUCAAGGUUCAAGUGAUCGAUAACGGUGCAGGGAUAAAUGCCGAGGAUAUGGAGAAUCUAGGGAACAGAUACUACACAAGCAAGUGCAGCUCUCUUGAGGACCUGGAGAAUCUCAGGUGGUAUGGUUUCAGAGGAGAAGCACUGGCGAGUGUGGUGUCUCUGGCCAGUCUUGUUGAAAUCUCAUCCCGGACAAGAUCAUCCGUGAAAACUCACGUCAAGCUUUUCAAGGACGGCAAAAGCAUGGGUGUGUUUGAAUCAGAGACUGCUCGUCCUUCUGCUGGGAUAACUGUCAUCGUUUGCAGCUUCUUUCACAACAUGCCAGUCCGGAGGAAGAGGAUGGAUGCUGUGCUGGAGGGUGAGAGGAUCAGACACAGAGUGGAGGCUAUUUCUCUGAUGCAUCCCUCUGUGUCUUUUACCCUAAAAAACGACUGCACCGGAGCCAUGAUGGUGCAGCUUUCCAAAGCCAAUAACACCUACCAUAGGUUUCUUCAGAUACACGGCCUUGGGAAAGCACAGAAACUUGGGGAAAUCAGCCACACACACGCACAGUUUGAAGUGACCGGCUACAGUGGCAGAGAAGGUCACUACAACAACAGCUUGCAGUUCUUGUACGUGAACGAACGGCUGCUUCUGAGAACCAGGAUACACAAGCUGUUGAACUGUCUCCUACGCAGACUGAGCAGCUCAAGUCAGAAAAACGACAGCCCAGAUGGGCAGUCUGCCAUCAGGAGCCCAAAGCACAAGCGAAGCCAAGAACAGCAUGGAGUGUACAUCAUCAAUAUUAAAUGCCCUUACUCAGAGUAUGACAUAUGUCUUGAGCCUGCCAAAACUCUAAUAGAGUUCAGGGAUUGGGAUGGCAUUUUACUCUGUAUAGAGGAGGCAGUGAAAGCUUUUCUUAGCAAGGAGAACUUGGUGGCUGAACUUUCCCAGGAUGACUUAGACAGUUUUUCACCCAAAUUGUUUGGCACACACAAUACAGACCAGGAAGGACACCACAGAAGCGACUGGCACCAAGAAAGUAGCAGUACUUCCACGCUAGAUUGUAAUAUUGGGAUGAAACUUGCGUCUGAUUCUGUUCAUCGUAAGUGCAAAGAUGAUGGCGUAUUUGAGGAUAAAGUUACAAUGGAGGGCACAGAAGAGACUGAAGAAAAAAGGCAGAGAAAGAUCACGACAAAUGAGAUGGCAAAGAAUAUAUCUAACCAAAACAAAGAAUGCAAAGACAAGCCACAAUGUCAUAUGGAUAGACUAAAACCUGAAUCUGAAAGUAAAACCACUGAAGGAAAGAUGCUGACUGCCGCUGAAGCUGGGGAAGGUUCUCACAUUUUGUGUACAUUGAGUGAGAUUGGCCAACUAGGAGAGGAAAAGCUGAAUGGAGAGAUACAACUCAGAUAUCCUACUUCAACUGAUGAUACAAUUUUAAAACCUAGCAUCCCUCAACAAAUUCAGCCCGAUUUGAACAUCCCUGAGAAAAUAUUACCAGACUUUGAGAGUACAAAAGGACAUGGGCUGACUUCAAAGAGAGACGGAAAGAUAACAAUAUGUGAUCCUUAUAUUCAAGAAAGUCUGCAGACUGAGGGUCCAUUGAAAAAAAAGUCAGGACUCAACAGUUUAGUGAGAAAAUUGGAGGAUAGAUCCCUUGUAUCAAAACGCAAAAUCUCCCUGGAUGUAAGUCAUGACAGAACUUUUCAGAAACAAUGCAGAGACUUUGUUCCUAUCAUUCCUCCUAAGGUUCCCAGAAUCUUGAAAGGUCAAAAGAUAUCUUUAUGUAUGGAGUCUGGGUCUCUUGAGAAGUUUAGAAGAAUGUAUAGUAAACCCCCAGAGCUGAAGAAAACCUUUCAAGAGACUCAGCUGGACAACAGUGCUGCACUUCUGGAGGCCAGCAGCUCUGUUUUUAACUCCCAGAAUUUACUCUGUUCUCAAAAAGAAGAGCAAGAUAGUGAUACACAAAAAGAAGUACCACAAAGUCCCCCAGAACUCUCAGUUUUUAGCAAGUUAAAACCACCAUCAGAGGAGAAUACAAGCAAAACAUCUUUAGCAGCUAAACUCUGCCGAUUGAAAGAUCAGAGGGGGGAUGACUCAAAAGCUUUACCAAACCCAUUACGCACUGUGUCACUAGGUAACAAUGAGAGCAUCCAAGGCAGCAAUAACAGUGACAGUGCAUGUGACCCCGAGCCCACUCUAGAUUGCAGUACAGUUCUCCCACUGGCAGAGAGAGAAGAGGCACUGACAUCUGGAGACUGGCUUCACCACUAUGACACAUCUGUGGGAAAGAUAGUUUACAUCAACAAAGUGACCGGGCUCAGCCGAUAUGAGGACCCUCAUACUGAAGAAAUCCAAGUGGGCUGUACGUCUGAUGUCACCAAUAUGGCAGUGAGUGUGAUCUCUGAAACAGGUGAGUGAGAGGCUUUUCUGUUUGUGUAUGUGAAGGACCGAAAAUGAACUGCCUUCACAGUCACUGUCAUCCUUAAACUGUAGGGAUGGAGUACAGGUGUUAUCCAUUUCAGGGGGGUCUAGUCUUGCCCUUCCUCCCCAAAUCCAGGGCUGAUAGAGUGGUUAGCUCAGGGCUUGAUGACAAAAGUACUUCAUGGACAGGUUAGACAGAAAACUGCAGAAAGCCACCACAAUUUCAUUGUAUAUAGAACAACAAAAAAAUUGGUGUUGUUGUUGUUCAUGAAUAUUUUGUCUCUCUUAACAGAGGACAAUGGGGAAAACUCCAACUCCCUUACCUCAUUAUACUCCAAGUGGAAUAAUCCUGUGUUUGUCCGGCCUCCUAUGGUGAGCAUAACUCAUUGGUGCACUGAAACUAAAUUGAGUUUGGAUUGAAUUUUUAUGCUGUUUUAAUCUAGCAUUGUAAUCUCUGCUGUGCUGACAGGUUGGUAUGGACAUAUCCAGCAGACAAGCCGAAACACUGGCUGUCAAAGUUCACAACAUUCUGUUCCCAUACCGGUUUUCCAAAGACAUGAUUCAUUCAAUGAAGGUAUGUUUGUGUUGAAGAUAUUCUGACAAAUUUUGUACAUAAUGCCAUAUAUCCUGUUAAGUAUGACAUUACUGCUUAUUAAUCACAUGUAGGUUAUUCACCAAGUGGAUAAGAAGUUUCUUGCAUGUCUCAUCAAUACAAGAGAGGAAAAGUCAUCAACACCUGCUGAAACUGAAGGUAAAGACAGGAUCCUCACUGCUAUAGAUACAAUUUUCUUUUUCAACAUCACAUGGGCUUUAUUUUGAAAACUAAGGAAACCUUCUGGUGCUGGUGGAUCAACAUGCUGCACACGAGAGAGUCCGGCUUGAAAAUCUAGUGGCAGGUAAACCAUUGAAAUACAAACCAACAAUAAACAGCAAUGAAUUUGAGAAUGAAGUGGGAAAUUGAAUGCUUCAUCAUAGAUUCCUAUGAGGAUGAUCCAGAUGCACCAGGGGAAAGACGUCUGUGUUCGUCGAGUAUUUUUCCUCCUCUUGAGAUUAGUGUAACUGAAGAAGAGCUGAGACUUCUCAGGUGGGGUUUCUUCGUGUACAGCAAUCUUCGCAAAAUCUCCAAGACAGUAACUGAUUUUAAAGGACAGAGUUUUUCCUAUAAAAAGGGAAAAGUCUGCAUGUUUAUGUUUUUAGGGGAGUGAGUCAGGAUGUGUCUUCUUCUAUAUCUGGGUUUGUGAAAGUGAUAGAGAUGAUAAUUUUGUAAGUUCUGUUUAAUGGUAUUGUCAUUGCUUUAUUAAUAUGCUUACCCUGCAGUUAGCCUUAAACUCACUGGAAUUUAAAAGGCAGCUGUCCCUUCUUUACAACAUUUGAGACACCCAGCAGCUGAAGAUUUUGGCAAUGAGGUGAAGGAUGGUAGCAAUAAAGAUGACAGAGAGUGUGGGUGCAGUGACGCAGCCUCAUUUCACCCCCGUCUUCACUCAGAGCUGUUGUGCUGCACUCUAGCUCAUAUGCCAUUAUUCAGUAGCUUCAGUACGCCAAUGUCCCUUUGGUGGCCGUCCGUAUCAAUAGAAGAAUGUUUGCUGUCAAGUUUGUGUUUUGUUCAGAGUUUUUCUCUGAGCACUUUGCUUGAUUUAGACAGAGAGGGAGCCUUCUUACUGCAAAAGUCUGAAAUGUUUCCCCUCUUUAUUUUCAUCACUGGGAGUACCUCCUAGAACUUUGACUGCUAUCAGAUCAUAGCUGAAUUUUUACAAUUUUCUAAUUUGUGUGGUCUGUUACUUUUUCCAACUUUUUAAACCUCUCUUGAUUGUGACUACAUUGAAUACCAAAAAUUCCCUUGAUCUCACUUGCAGCAUAAAUAUUGACCCUCUGUUCUCACAGGUCUCGUCAGCUACAGUUGCGGAGCUUGGGGCUGGAGGUGACGUUCUCAGAGGCAGUAGAUCCACAUGUUUUUGUUGGGAAGGUGCCUGUAUGCUUCUUAGAAAAAGAGAGCAAUGAGCUCAGGCGAGGGAGACCUUCUGUAAUCAAGCCUACUGUGAAGGUAAAACUUCUGGAACAUCAGUAUUAAGACCACUGACUGUAUUUCUCAAGCCCACAUAGUUACAUCUUUGCUUUCUCUCUUUAAUUAGGAGUAUCUUCGAGAGCAGAUUGAGGUAAGCUUGUGUCUCUUUAGUCUCUAAACCUGCAGAAGGUGUUUUAUCGCUGAAUAAAAGCUAAUAUUUCCUCUUUGUCUCAGUUACUUUGCUCAACAGGUAGAGUCAGAGGGACUCUGCCUCUCACUGUACUCAAAGUGCUUGCCUCCUUAGCAUGCCACGGUGAGCUUCAGCCACUCCUCUCCAUCUUUUGACUAAUUAUCUGUGCACUUAUGAUUGUAUAACAGUUUCAUACUUGAAGCUUCAUAUAAAUAAUUGUAUCUUUACACAUUGAACAGGUGCUAUCAAAUUCAAUGACAGCUUAAGCAAAGAUGAAUGCUGCAGUCUGGUGGCAUCUUUGUCCUCCUGCCAGCUGCCCUUCCAGUGCGCCCAUGGACGUCCAUCCAUCGCUCCUUUGAUAGACAUCCUGCAUUUGGAUAAAGAGCAGGAGGUACAGCUGGGGAGAACAAAAGUAACACCUAAAGUAUUAUAAACCAAAGCAAUCUGAUGAUGUCUUUACUUUUUUUUUCCUUUUAGGCGAUACAGAAACCUAACCUUCGAAAGCUGAGGAGAAUGUACAAAGCAUGGCAACUAUAUGGAGAUAAAUAA